GCUGUGGAUGUCCCUCGUGGGGGUAACUCUCCUGUGUUAACAAUGUAUUGUGACAUAGAUGUUAACAGCAGAGAGUGAUGUAAAGUUGUAGUGUCAUGUGAGCCCUGGAAGAUAUGUGAGGGGUCCUGGGAGAUGUUUUAAGGGCCUUCGGAGAGUGCAAAGACUCUCUGAUAGACGUGUGAGGAGUCCUGGGAGACGUGUGAGGACCCUUGAAGACGUGUUAAGCUCCUGGGAGACGUGUGAGGCUCCUGGGAGACGUGUGACGUUCCUGGGAGGCGUGUGAGGGCCCUGGGAGACGUGCGAGGCUCCUGGGAGACGUGUUAGGCUCCUGGGAGACGUGUUAGGGGGUUAUACCCUUGACGAUGGUGCCUGUGGUGAGAUUGGCACAUUGCCUCUCUGACAGUGUCGUGCACCGCUGCUCAUGGCUGGUGACCCCUGGCGGUGAACUGGCCAUGGGCAGCACCACCACUAGAAUCACCAGGCGCACUACCACCAACAAGAACAGUAACAGCAGCACCAUCGCCCUCAGGAACAGUAACAAGACUACCCCUAAAAGUGGUAGUAGCACCAUCAUCAGCAACAGAAAUAGCAACAACACCUCUAACGGUGUCGACAUCACUAUAAGCAACAUUAGCCAGAACAGCAGCAAUAGCAUCAGCGCCACGUGAAGAAGGGUGGUUCUUGGCGGCGGAUUUCUUAUAGUUCGGCUCAAUACGACCAUGUCGCUGCUGGAGGCGGUGAAGGCGUGGACGCUGGGGCCUUGGACCAGGCGUCGCGACAAGCAGCGAGUGAGUGUGGCACUCUGGGGGGGCCGUCCUGCAGAGUCUGACAUGUGUUCCCACCUACUGGGCACCCCAGGCAUAUACCGCAGGAGGCUCUCCUCUCCAGGCAACACCGACUUCGCAGAUCUGUACCCAUCUUCGUCUGCCCGCCCUGAAGGCCCUACGCCCCUAGGUACCCAGGGGCCCUCGCCCACCCGUCUCGACGGCUUCACACCCCUUGGCACCCAGCAGGCAGCACCCUCACACGGCAGUGGGGGACAUCACACCUUCAGGGUCUCCCAGCUUCCACAAGAUGAACUCUUUGAUAACUUCGAGAAGGACGAAGAAUACUUCGAUGCUUCCUGUGGCGGAGAGCUCGCUGGUGGGAACCAGGAGAGUGCAGAGUGUUCUUGUAGGCACUGUGAUUCUGAAACACCAGAGCUCAAGAGAGAGACACUAGCCUUAUCCUGGGUGCCAACCACUGACCUCAGUGUCAAGUCACUUUCUGAAAAUAGGUGCCAUGCUCCCCAGGAACCAGUGGACGGGGCAUUAGUGCCUCUGGGAGACCCAGAUGUGAAAGCACCAGACUUUACCAUAUUGGUUCCCUUCGAAGAUCUAGAGGUAUAUGAAGUUCCUACAGUGCCAUGGCGCAGCUCCCUGGUGCCUAGCAGAGUGCCACACCUGGGAAAUGUCUCAGAGUGCCGCAGGGCGUCCAGCGAGAGCGACUGGACGUCUUCGAGUGAGGGAAUGAGUCUCGGGGACGCUCGGGCGGAGGUCACAGCAGAACUGAAGGAUGUGUGGGACGAGAUUGACCUCAUUGACGACUCUCCCACUACCAGCAACCUGAUGACCUGCUACCAAGAGCCUGGGAAGGAGAAAAGUGAGGGUGUGAACGGUAGUGUGGGUAGUGGUGACGGGUGUCCUGAGCAACACCCAGCCUUCAACCCCCUAGCCUCCAGUGUUCCCACUAGCACCACAACACUAGCCCCUCUCACUAGCCAGCCGCUCACCCCUCCUGAGUCCCAGCCACCUGACUAUCACGGUCACCAUCACAUCAUCUCGUCGGAGCGGCCGGAGCGGCCCACCUCACUCAUGGCACCGGGUGGUAAGUGGCAGAUACGGGGCCAACAUGGUCCUGCCUCCCCUGACUCGACUGACGCCGUCUUUGUGACUGCUACUAACACCACCUGUGCUGCCACCACCACCACCACUACCACCAUGUGUGGGGGCCGCCAUGCCCGCUGGCUCCUGUGUGUGCCCUCCAGCUCUAUGCCUGGGGACCAGUACCAGCCCUCCAAUGCUCCCCUCCCUCAACAGUCCCGACCUGUAAGCUCCCCCAGUUCGCAACAGCCUCCCUCGCUCAGCUCUGUGGUUGCUCCCUCCUCGGUCACUACUACUACUCGUUCCCUUCAGUCACCCUCAUCACACUGCAACCUAGCGGGUUGCUUCUUGCGGCCGGCCCUUCAUCCUGCAACCUCUACCCCGGUGCAGCAGCCAUCACCCUAUGCUCCCCCGAGUCCUCAUCCUCCCCCUGGACUUCCCUCACCCCAGUCAUACUCCUCCACUCAAUCUCAACCUCAGACCUGUGGGGGGCUGACCGUGACCUACGCUCCCACCCCGUUUGUGCAGGCUAGUCAGCUGACCACUUCAUCGGGUCAUGUUGCUCCCACACACACUGGUGGUGCCAGUGUCUUCCCCUCAGCUUACCUCCCCACCAACACCACCACCACGUACUCUUUCCCCUCUGUGUAUGCGGCGAGCAGCGCAGGCGGCAGUGCGGCGGCCGUGCGGCCCACCUUCUCGCGGACUUCCCUGUCUGUUUCUGAUGGUGGUAUGGGUGGCGUACAAGUGUUGCCUAGUGAAAUACCUAGUGGUCUACACCCGGUGCAUCAACGAGAUACCCACACUUACUACGGUGGGGGACAGAGCUCUGCCGAUGAGUAUAACCCCAAUGACCCCCAUUAUAUGGGACACCACCAUGUUGCUCACCUCCCGGAGCCUCCAAUACCUGUAUCAGAGAUUGGGCCCAUUCCUCCACCUCCAAUGUUUUCCUCUCCAUCACCUGUGGUCCACCCCAGGAGUCACCCGCCCCCGCCAUAUCAUCCCCCGACCUCGGUGGCAGGAGCAGGAGUGCAAAAUGCAGUGGGCCACAAUCUUUCCAACUCUGAAUAUGGUGUAAUAAAGGAUGACGAUGUGAUUGGUGAGGCAGCUAAUGGCAUCCUCGGCUGGUUUGAGGCCAGAAUGGCGGAAUUUGCUAAUGCUGAUGACGACGUUGAAGACGAUGACGAAGGAACUGACGUGGACGGCGUCGUCUAUUUUAACAGUAGCCUCGGCCACUUUGACACUUCUCAAGUGGAAGAGGUGCCUGCAAGAGAGCCCAGGCUGGAUGCCAAGCCUCUCAAAUCAGCGCUUAAGAAAAAGAAUCCCUCAGGAACGGCAAAUGGGUCAGCAGGUACUCCCCCUGCGGGCACGCCCACGGACGGUAGUAAGCCUCUGUCUGUGCGACAAGACGCCAACAGGCGCCUACCGCUUCGACCCAGUGUUAGGAUUAGGUUCAGCACCAAGCCCAUCCGGUUCUCUUAUAGCAGAGGAGAUGGAGACAAGUCAUCAGGGGAAAAUAAGGAGAACAGUGUUCCUUUCACCUACCUUCCUCCCAACACUGUCCUCCCCAACUCGUUGCAAGAGUCUCGAGUGGACGACGACGACGAGGAUGGACCUAUACUCUACCGUGACGAUGAUGAUGAUGAGGAUGACGAUCGUCUAGCCACAAAAGUGGCGAGAAGAGAUAGCCUUGCUCAGAAACUAAAGUGCCGACCCAACAAACAAGACCUCAUUGAUAGAAAUAUCAUCCCUGUACAGUCCGAGAAUGAUAGGAAGGAAUUUAGAGAAGCGAUCGGUGCCAAGCUCACAAGACGUUUGAGUUUACGACCCACGGCUGAAGAGCUCGAAGAAAGAAAUAUACUUAAAAAUCAUACGCUUCAACGACUACAUAGAGGUGACUCAGGCCCAUGAGUAUGACCGGCGGGCAGACAAGCCUUGGACACGUCUAACUCCGAGAGACAAAGCAGCCAUUCGGAAGGAACUUAACGACUUCAAGAGUAUGGAGAUGGAGGUUCAUGAAGAAUCUAAGCAUCUUACUCGAUUCCAUCGCCCUUGAUUGGGGGUGCGGCGUAGCAGGACGAGUCCAAUGCUUCACGAGAAGUAACCCAAGCAACUUGAGACUACUCUGUCUUGACCAUACAAUAUUCUUGCUGCUGCUGUCUCUGUUUCUCAUUGCAUCAUUGCUCCCUCCAGGUGUUAAUGGACAUUAUAUCUACCUUCUCCCACAAGAGUAUAUUAGUCAGAAACACUAUAUGGUCUUCACUAACACUGAAGACCCAACUUUUGUAAUGUUAUUGUAUUUAUAAAGGAUAUUUUAUCCAUUUCUUAUAAAUAACACUUUCUCUGCAUUCAGUCUUGUAUGGCAAGAAUUAAUGACUGCCCAAGUGUUUUAGUCACUGUACACACAGAUCAUCAGCAGCUCAAUUAGCCAGAGAUUGACAUGGUUGCUGGGUUUUUGAAGCUCCUUCCAAUUCAUCUUGUACCAGUUAGAGCAUAUUUAUAUAUAUAUCACAUACUAUAGUUUACUAUGUUUUAUCAGUCACUGUGUAUAUGUAUGACAUACAUAUUGAUUAUAGUGUGGUUCGUUCAGUGGUUUCUUGGUUGUUUGGACAGUAACAAUUUAGUCAUGUGCUGCAGAAAUUUGGAAAAUUUUACCACCCAUGUUUUUAUAUGAAAUUGUUUAGUAGUGUAUGUUUUUUAACACAAUGCAGAACUGUGAUGAAUGGGACGUGCUGUUAAAUGCUCUCGGAAAAAUCCAAUAACUGAGAUUCCACUGUGUAGACGCGGAAGGUGCGCACUUGUCUAGUAGUGUCCACCGACGUGCGUUGUUGAAGCCCACGUGUUGCUGUGAUACUGAUGCUCUGAGUGAUAUUAUGUGUUAGUCCUUGGGCCAGCAUCUGUCAUUCAUUGGUGUUGGAUUGACCACACCAGCAUCUGUGCCAAGGGGGCACCAUGGAUCUACAUGGCCUCACUUACCUACACAGACUCAAUUUUUAAGCCAUUCUCACUUUAGUGAAAGUCCAACUUGGGUGGAACCCUUUUUCUUAAAAUUAUAUUAAGUGAAGUAUUAGAGAAUAAUAGAUUUCUAUUGCUAGUAUAAAAUCGUGGAAAUAUUUAAACUAUUCUACUUGCUAUUUUUGUAAAAUUCUUCUGUUCUUUUCCUAUUCAUCAUUUGUAUGAAAAGUUGAUUGUUAGCCUUAUGGCUUGGGAUAAACAUUAUUUGAAAAAUUUAUCAUAGUGUAUAUUGACCUUAAAAGGUCACAUGUGUAACAGAUUGAGUUUGUUAGCUUCCUUGGUCCAGUUUAGGUGGCAACUUGUUGUGAUAACCAACGACUGUAGAAAUCAAUAGUUUCUUAGAGGAUACAAUUUGUUUAGAAUCUGUGUCCAUGAUUUUCAAUUCUGAGAACAAGAUCAUUAGGCAUCUUUCAUAAUGGUGUUGUUAUUAGUUUGGACAAUCACCUUGUUACCAGUUGUUGUAAGUAAUUUUUUAUCCUUUUUAGAAUAUUUCAUCAGUGUUUUAUACAUUUUUUCAGGAAGACUUAUGAAGCUAUAACAUAGUAGCUUGGGUCCAAAAAGGAUGAUUUUGAACAGUGCUUGGAAUGUACUUUCCUAUCCUUGAGGAAGGGAUGAUAUAUGCAACACAACUGAAAUUUUUAUAUUUUGAAUAUUUGUAUUUUGUUUAUUCCUCACUAAUAUAAAAUUAUAAUUACUUCUAGAAUUUUUCAGUGCCCCUCAGUGAUAAAAUUCAUUUGUGUGCUGAGAGUACUGGAAAAACAGUGACUGAUCUCUCAAUGUUAGAGUCCAUCUGUGGAGUGUUGUGUACAAAUGAAUUGCCUUUUUUAAUGGGUGCUUGCUAGAUGGGCAAAUCUCUAGCUUAGAACCUCAUAAAAACUUGUCCUAUUUUUGCAAAAAACACCCCUCAAAUGAACACUAAAGCUUUGAGUAUGACUCAAGAUAUCCUACAGUAUUUCAUUUUAGGGAUUUUGUGUUUAAAAUUCACAGAUUUUCAGCUUCUCCAUUUUGAGUCACAAUCACAGAAAAGGAAUACUGUAUAUUAUUCUAUUUUUGUUCUUAUGCUGUACAUUUAUGCAUUGUGACUGUAACCAGCAUUGGAGAUAAAACACACCUGAUUCUCUGUGAUUUUGUUGAGUAUACACAUGAAACUGCACUCUUUAAAUGUGGAAGCGAACAUUACUCUUGUCUGAUCGUCCAGUUCUCCAAAUGGUAUUGUCCCGCUUUUAUAUGCUGUUGCUUGAGACGUGUGAAUGAAGCGUUCUGGUCUGGUGUAUGCUGUUGAUUGAAAUGUGUAAAAAAAAAAGAAUUCUACAGAUUGGUGUACGAUUGAAUGUAUAAAAGGAGUGUUCUACAGGCUGGUGAUUAACUUUAAAAUCCAAUAAAUCAUUUCAACAUACGGGUUAUGUUCCUGAAAAUCGACGCCUUAUAAAAAGAAUUAUUUGAAGAACAUACGAGAACAAUAGGGCUACAUUCCAGACAUCUUCAAAUUAGCCAAACUUUUAUUUUAUAAUGUACUAAAUAACAAUUACAUUUUAUCUUGCCUUAUAUUCUAUUUGUUGACAUGGAGAGAGUUUGUCUCUCUGCGCUGAGGUGGAUGGCUGUGGUUCUUGUGUUCAGAAGGAUGUAGUUGCUUCUACUAGUGUGUUCUGUAAUGUUCUGCUGGUCUGUUUUACGUUUUGCUAAUGCAAAUUGUUUGCAUUAAACACUUGGUCAAGAAUAACUGUUCUCAGAAACAAUAUCCUCCAAGUCAGCAGGGUAACUUCAUGAAGUUGUAUGAUCAGCUAAUACAGUGGACCCCCGCUUAACGAUCACCUCCCAAUGCGACCAAUUAUGUAAGUGUAUGUAAGUGCGUUUGUACAUAGUAUGUUUGGGGGUCUGAAAUGGACUAAUCUACUUCACAAUAUUCCUUAUGGGAACAAAUUCGGUCAGUACUGGCACCUGAACAUACUUCUGGAAUGAAAAAAUAUCGUUAACCGGGGGUCCACUGUAUAUUCUUGGCUCGAAACAUCAAGCUCUUCUUCCUUUGUACACAUGAGUUUUACAGCAGUACAGGUUUUUUUUUAUAUUAUAUGAGCACUAAGCUGAGCCCUAUUUUUUCUCCUAAAUCCAUGCAUUCAGUAACUUUCCUAUGUAUUUAAGGUAUAUACUAGAGUAUAACCUUAUAGCAUAGGCCUAUCCAAGUUUCUGCCCCAAGAUCCUUCAUUUUUCAUCUCACAUGUAUGUCUACCCUGGUUUUGAGGGCCCUCAAAACCAGGAAAAGUACCAAAAAUGUAUGUCAAGACUUGAUAUUUGAUAAAAACAGAAAUCAGUCCAAAAAUUUGAUUGCCAUAAUAAAGAAACACUGCAGUAAGCCUGGCUCAUGCUAGGUAGGUUCUGGUCACACACAACCAUUACAUAAGAAUAGAGGUGGACUGCAGUAACCCCAUAGGUCCAUGCUAGGCAGGCCCUACUCACAUCCAACACAUGUCUGACAAAGACUGGUAAAGAAUGCUAUUGUUUGUUAUCCACAUCUCGUAUGGGUCAGUGGUUGGAAGAUGGGAAGGAUGGUGAAGAUAGUUAGCCAAGGGGAUGGGAGAGAGGACAGGAGACACCCUUUUACUUCUCUCUAACCUUACUCAACUCACCCCUUCUUCCAUGCAUUUACCUUCAGCUCUCCUCACACCAUAAUGAACUGAAAAGAGAAAUAAAAUAUUGGUUAAUUUAGAGAAUGGAACAGUGGCCAGUCUAGCAGUGGUUCCCUGCUGUAUUGCAACAAGGGGCCCUAGUGAUCUAGCCAAGUGCCAGAUCAACCAGACAAGCCUGGCCCAGGAACAGGCUGCAGGAAUGGUGUAACUUUAUUGAGGCACAGGUACACAUAAGUACAAUUAUCAUAUAUAGUGUAAAUUACCUAGGAUAACCCCAAAAGUGACUCAAAAGUCAUCAAAGAUAAAUGUUUUAUAUUGCAUUCAUGGCUUUUGGUUAUCUGCAGUGUAUUAGUACAUACAUUUAGGAUAAUGAACUUUAACCUAACUUAAAUUAACCUAAUAAAAUGGCCUAACUAGAGAGGAUUACAACUUGUCACAGUGCCUGAGAAGGGCUCCCUGUAGGAUACCUAGAGCAAAUUUUUUCAAGAGUGAAUGCCCUUGUGGCCAGUCCAGGUGGAUCAAGGCUUGAUCAACCUGACUGUUUUCACACUAGCUGCACGCAGUCCAGAAUGUAAACCACGACCCAUAUGAAUCUCAAUGGUAAAAUAUACUGAGAAGUAUAUGUGAGUAUGACACAAUAUGAAGUUUAUGGCAUUUAUUGAGAUGUUUCAUCAACCAGGAACUUUAUCAAUCCAUGCAGCAGAUAUAAGUGUGUGUUUAUAUAUAUAUUUUUUCCAGCAUGUUGGCCAUCUCCCACCAAGGCAGGGUGACCCAUAAAAACAGUUUCAUACACUGUCUUUGUAGAGGUUCCCAGAUAUGACAGUUUAGAAGUCACUCCGAACAGCCAGUAUCCCAAACCCCUCAAUUAAAGUGCAGGCAUUGUACUUCCCACCUCCAGGACUUGAGCCUGGCUAACCGGUUUCCCUGAAUCUCUUUACAAAACAUUACCCUGCUCACACUAACAGCUCAUCAGGUCCCAAAAACCAUUCUUCUCCAUUCACUCCUAUCUAACAUGCUCACACAUGCCUGCUGCAUGUCCAAGCCCCUUGUGCACAAAACCUCUUUUACCCCCUCCCUCCAUCCUUUCCUAAGAUGAUCCCCUACCCCUUAGCCAUUUCCCACAGAGACAGGGUGACCAGAUAAAAAGAAGUAACAAUUUUAUCAUCACUCACUCCAUCGCUGUCUCAACAGAGGUGUGUUGAUACUACAGUUAAAAAACUGCAACAUAUUUCCACCCACCUCCUUCAGAGUGCAGGCACUGUACUUCCCACCUCCAGGACUCAAGUCCACCUGUCUGGUUUCCCUGAAUGCCUUCAUAAAUGUUACUUUGUUCACACUCCAACAGCACAUCAAGUCAUAAAAAUCAUUUGCCUCCACUCGCUCAUAUCUUAGAUAUGAGCCCCUCUCAUGCAAAACCUCCUUUACCCUCUCCCUACAACCUUUCCUAGGAUGACUCCUACCCUGUUGGAAACAAGGAGCUAGUAAUUCCUUCUGUAUAAAUUACUAACUCACCAGCCAUCUCCCACCUCAGUGGCAGAUGGCUGGUGAGGUAAAAAAAAAAAAGUGUUAUAAUGUGCAUAGAAGCCUCAUUAUAACUGAUGGUGAAACAUGACCAGCUCAUCAUUUACCUCACUAUAUUUAUGAUAUAGUGAGAUAUAGACACUCCAUUUGUUUAUAUCUAUAUAGAUUCACAAAGUUCCUGAUGAAUGAAACACCUCAAUAAAUGCCAUAAACUGCACAAUUGUGUUUUAUUCACAAACCAGAGCUGAUCAGGAAUUGACUUAAGGAAUUUGCCAAAUUUACCUUGAAGACAGCCAGGGAUCUGCUGGUAAUUCCCUUUAUGUAUGCUGGGAGGCUGUUGAAUAGUCUUGGGCCCCUGACAUUUUCCAUGUUAUCUCUUAGUGUACUCAUGGCACUGUUGCUUUUCAUUAGAGGCAUAUUGGACUGUCAGCCAAGCCUCUUCCUUUUGUAGGGAGUGAUUUUUUUUGUGUAGAUUUAGGAUCAGUCCCUCGAAGAUUUUCCAGGUGUAAAUUAUAAAGUAACUUUUUCACCUGUUCCAUAUAGAAUACAGGUGUGGGAAUUCAAAUAUUCCCAGUAAUUCAGGUGGUUGAAUGAAUGUUUAUGAGCAGUGAAGGUUUUCUGUACAUUCUCUAGGUCUGCAAUUUCAUCCAUCUUAAAAAAGACUGCUAGUGUAUAGCAGUAUUUCAGUCUAGAGAGAACAAGUGACUUAAAAAGGACCAUCAUUGGCUUGGCAUCUCCUAUUGCAGGUUCUUGUUAUCCAUCCCAUCAUUUUUCUUGUGACUGUGAUAGCAACAUUGUUGUGAUCCUAGAAUGUGAGAACCUCCAGUAUUAUCACUCUCGAUUCCUUCAAGUUCUUUUUCAUUUUACUGAGUGGCUCAAGUUAAUAUUAUGCCCCGUUCUAGCUUUUAUUACCUCAUUUGUUUACAGUAGAGUAGCUGAAAUUCUUCACUGAUGAAUAUCACAUUAUUUUUAGUGGCCCACUGGAAAACUUUUUAUAUUUGCUUGGAGGUUUGCUCUAUCUUCAAUGGGUGCCACUCUCAUACAAAUUUUAUCAUCGUAAAGGAUUAUACAGUGCUAUGAUUUGUCUAUGUCGGAUAAAAGGAUGAGGAAAAGAUGGGAAGCAAGUACUGUGCUUGGGGAAUAGAGCUUUUCACUAUGGCAGCCUCUGACUUAACUCUCUUUACGAUUAUUCCUGGUGUUUGGCAAAUACAAAUGAAAUUAUGGGAUAUCAUCAGUUUAGAUAUUUAAGGUGGAAUAUGAUUACUGAGGGCAGUUGUUGCCUUUGUUACACCAAUGAUGUAGGAAUCUAGUGUGUGGUAGGCCAUAAUAUGUAUGAAUUUCAACCUAUUGAAAAUACUGCUCUUGAACAGGUUGACCCCUUACUCUUUUGUUAAAAAAUUUGGUCUUAUAUACUUGGCAGUGGGAAAGGGAAACUCUGCCUCCUUAAACACUCAAUUAAGCAUUAAACUGUCUGCAGCCUCCCAAAUUGAAAGCCCCUUCUAUGAUAGUCUUUCUGAAAUAUUGUUGAAUCUUCUAAAAUGGCAGAGAAUCUUUUCCUCAAGGCAAUGGCACCAAAAAUGCAAAAUUUGAUGAAAUACUUCUAGAAUUAUGCAGGUGCAGGAAGCACUUCAUGUAAUGAAUAUGCCUUUCAUACAGUUCAGUGAUAGCAAGAAACUGCCCAUUCAAUAAUUACAGCAACACUAUGAAGUGUCCAGAAGCUGGUAAUGUGGCUGAUUUUACAUGACAAAUUCCAUUUUGAAAACAGAGAGUGCAGAAGAAAAACUUUAGAUAUCUUGGCCAUUAAAACAACUUUUCCCUGUUUAUUAAUUUCUAUUCAUUAAUGCCCUUUAUUUGGAAUCCAUCAUGUAUACUAAAAAUUGGUUUACCUUAUUUCUCAGCUCAUAAAACAAUACUAAGAAUGCUUGACUAUCCUGAUAAUUACAACAGAUCUAGUAAAAACCAUAAAACAGACUGGGGCAGGCAGGGGAUGGGGGCUCCACCCUUCCCCAGGAAAAUCGUCCAAUAUCUAUCAUUUAUUGUCACUUCCAGUCCUAAACUGACCUAAAUCUUAUCUAUUUUCCUUGUUUGUCUUCUGGUCCAUCUAUUGGCACCAAGAAACAGCCAAUAAAACAAUAAAAACCAACCUAGACAAUGACCACAAAUUACUAUUUUAAUCCAAGCAUAGGGUCAAAGGUUUAAUGUACACUUAAUACACAGACACUCACUCUCUCACAUCAAGGCUAAAAUAUUCUACUUUCAGUAAGUUUGAGGGAGCUGUGAAUUAUGCACACAAGAAAUUCAGUGACUGAUCACUAUGAUGCACUAGUAAGCGACAGACAACCUAGUACUCAUAUUGUGUGCAAAAUGACGCUAUGCUGAUUCAUGCUUUAUGGUGCAUAAUGUGAAGGUGUUUUAGCAAGCUAUGAAGUCUGGUUGAACUUUAUAUACUGUAUUUAUUCUUAACACAUUGACCGCUUCCCACCAAGGCAGGGUGACCCAAAAAGAAAGAAAAAGUCUUUCGUCAUCAUUCAUACAUAAUCACUGUCUUUGCAGAAGCACUCAGAUAUGACAGUUUAGAUGUCCCUCCAAACUGCCAAUAUCCCAAAUCCUCUAAAGUGCAGGCAUUGUACUUCCUAUUUCAAGGACUCAAGUCCAGCUAACUGGUUUCCCUGAAUCCCUUCGUAAAAUGUUACCUUCCAAACACUCCAACAGCUCGUCAGGUCCUAAAAACCAUUCAUCUCCAUUUACUCCUAUCUAACACACUCAUGCAUGCUUGCUGGAAGUCCAAGCCCCUUGCCCACAAAACCUCCUUUACCCCCUCCCUCCAACCUUUUCAAGGAAGACCCCUGCCCCACCUUCCUUCCCCUACAGAUUUAUACACUCUCCAAGUCAUUCUACUUUGUUCCAUUCUCUCUAAAUGACCAAACCACCUCAACAACCCCUCUGAAUAAGUAAUGUCAUUUAUGGUUUUAGACAAUUAAAAAUAAUGUGCUCACCUGAGAGACUCAUCUCUUCCAUCCAUCCUCUUCCCUCCCAUUGUAUGUGACACAAGGCACACUAUGUAUGCUCCAUCCCUUACUGUUAUGGUGAGAGUGGUUGGGGGUGUGUGUGAGGCUAGGAAGUUCCUGGAGAUACGGCAGGGAGGGCUGUAGUCAGGAUAAGAAUAUCACCAAACCUGUGAUGUGGCAGAGAGGGGUGUGGUGUGGGUCACCUCUUGCCACAACAACAGUAGAGCCAGUCUUGAACACACACAUGAGACAACUGCCUCCUCCCACCCACACCCCCAAACUAAAUAAUUUUAUCUUCAGUUCACAAAUAACCUGCACACAUAUGGGAAAGAAACUUAUGACAAUGUUUCAAUCUGGCUUAGACCAUUAACUGUGAGACUAGUUAAUGGACCAAGUCGGACCAAAACAUCAUUAUAAGUUUCUUAACCAUAUGUGCAGAUUAUUAGUAUUAUUAUUAUUAUAAUCAUGGGGGAGCACUAAACCCGUAGGAUUAUACAAACAGAUUAUUAGUAGAGCAUAUUGUUCCAGACAUGGUACUGUGUCGUUUUAUUUUGAAUUUUCAGUUCUUGACCAAUUUCUACGAAAUAUUUUUAAUGUCCAUCUUGCCUGCAUAAAAUGAAAUUACUAUACAAAAUAUAGCAUUAGAACAAACUCUUAACAAAAUUGUAAUUAUUAAAUUACAGUUUUAACCAAUUUCUACCCAAUAAGCAUAUUAAAAAUCAAAUCAUUUGACUGAAGAUAAUAGAUACAAAAUGAAUUCUGGAACUUCAUUUAAAUCUUUGCAAUAUCUGUAUCUUUAGACCGGUGUUAAGAAAUUUAUUCUACAAUGGCCCAGUCUGAAUGUGGAUCACAGUAAUUCAGGUGUUCGUAGCCUGGGGACUUUCUGCAUGUGUGUGUGCAUGUGUAUUGAACUAGUUAUGUGUUUGCGGGAGGUGUAAGUGUGCGUGUGUGUGUGUACUUGCCUAUAUGUGCAUGUGCGUGCAUUUGCACAUGUCAUUAUAUUCCCAAGAAAGUGCUACACCAUGUGUGUGUAUGUAUAGGUAUGAAUGCAUGUCAUGUAUAUAAUUAUAAUUAUCAUUAUUAUUAUUAUUAUUAUUACUAUUAUUAUUAUUGAGAUCUACAUGGCUGAAAUGUCAGCAUACAACCACAAGCAUCUUGUAGACUUCUGCUCUGUCUCUGUGAGAUAGGUAUGUUGCAGUUAAUAUGCUCUGAGGAUUCCGAAUGCACUCUUAAUUAAAGAACAGUAUGCCAAAGCUGAAGCAAAGAUGAUUUAGGAUGACCAAGCUAUAGAUAUGCAAAAUAUUUUAGUAUGCCUUUGUAUAUCAUUACUGGUUGUAAAUACUGUUACUGAUUUGUAUCAUGAUCUCAGAGAUGUAAUGUUCAAGGCUCCAUUGAUAAGUUCAACAUGAUAACAGGUUACAGUACAGGCCUGUUCUAUGUGUAAACAUUUGUAAAUAUGCUGUACUCAUUACCCACAAUUGUGUAUAUAACUAAUCCAGCUUCUCCCGUCUGCCUGCUGCCCUGGGGUGGCACUAGGGCACAGUAUUUGGGGUAUAGAAUACAGGGAUACAUUCUUAAGUGCUGAAGAAUGAAGUUAGGGAACAUAUCAAGUGAAUGGUUCAGAGAGAACGUAAUUUUAUAUAAAAAAUGGAAUUCUGAAGGGUAGGUUCUAAAUGCAUUUUUCUCACUUGAAUGAUAUUUCAUCUAAGGAUGUUUGAAACCCAGUGUAGUUCUCUCAUGACUGUGUAUAGUGCCAUUUCCAGUGAGCCAAGUCAUAUAACAUUUGUUCUUCUGAAUCUGUUGAUUAAACAAAUUUAAACCAGUAUGUCUCCAUGGUAGAUUCCAAGUGAAUAGAUUCCCCUUAUAUUAAGUGCAGACUGCAGUGUGGGAGGGAGACAGGUUAUGGGAUAUGGGGAAGAUAAUAGUAACCCCAUCCAGUGAUCAAUUUUUAAUGUACCAGUACAAUACAGUAUAAUUUUAUGAGAAUCAUCAUGUCACUGAGAAAUAAAGGUGAUGUGUGGUGAAAGGGCUAUUUACAUCAUCAGAGUAACAAGGAUUAUUAUAAUCAAAAGAAGCGCUAAACUGCAAGGGUUAUACAGCGCAGAGAGUAACAAGGAGCUUUCAAAAGAAAGCUUAUAAAAGCUACUAGAAAAAUCCUUUCAGCUCACAUUAAUGAAUCACGACAUGUUUAAGAUUUAUUUUGUGCAAAUUUACUUUUAGUUCUUCAGAUAUUACUACAAAUUUUAUUUAAACUGCUAAAGAGUGGUGGUUACUGUUACCUUUUGCUCACCUACAGAUUCAAUUAAUGAGUCUUUGCUCAAUACCAGCAUUACAUGUAGUGUACUGUAGACAAGACCAGUAAAGCCUCUCGUUCAGUAGGCUUGAGCACCUCUUAAUCCUCCGUACGAAAAAUUUACAAUCUUUUUUAGGUGUUUGUGUUUUCACGAGGCAUCACCCGCCCCGCAUCCCCCUGUAGGUGUCCUAAGAGUAUCGCUGCAGGCAGUGGGUGUUAGCUCAAACCAUCCUCAUCACUCGACUCUAUCUUUGUAUAUAGCCUAUACCACCAUCCUGGAAAUGUCUUGUUAUUCUCCUGCUUUAUAACUAGCUCUGUCAUUGCUUUAUACUUGUUGGAAUAAAACAUCACCGUCUUCCA